AUGCCUAAAUCGAAGAAAGCCUCCGGCAUGACGAGUCCCCCUCACGUUCGUGCUUCCAACGAUGCCUUUGGCAAGACCAGCCCCCACUGGAAUCUUCCCUUCCACGUCGGCAACAUCACCGCCGCUGAGAUCCUUGCGUACUGCCCGCACUGGCUCAAGUCUGUGGAUGUCAUCGACCGUUUCGUUGUGAACGGGGGCAAGGCCAAGGUCAUUGCGAACAUGCUGAAUCGAUUUCGGAACUUGCCCAGCGACGAUGGUAUCAUCCCCACCAACUCCAUCUGCGUCAUGAUGCAGUGCGCCAUGCGAGCUUUCGGACUCAAGGACUGGACCAUGGGCAAGCACAGCCAGAUCGACGAGAACCACGUAUGGGACAGUGCUUCUCUCGAUGUCUCCAACUUUCGCACUCCGCAUAUCACUCACCCCAAGAAAGGCUCUAAGAAGGUUGAGAACGUACCCGCUGCGCCAAUCCAAUUCCGCGACCUCGCUCAUGGCGUCAAGGAGCACCCUUCUGACUCCGACGCACUCGACCUCACGCGCUGUGUUCUUUACGCUAUCGAUAACCCCGACGAGUCCUGGCGCUUCCCGAUUGAUUUCGCAGAUUUGGUGAAUCACCUUGGCGGACCUCAGACCCCCACUCACUUUCACCCCGACAACCGCGCUUUCGAACGCCACUUAGCUGAAGUCGACUCUCUAGCUCCUCUCAAGAAAGUCUCUGUCGCACCCUUGGCCAAGCGUGUCCGCUUUGACACGACAAACAAGAUCGCUACCACGCAGAACUCCGACAUGCGUCUUACUUCACCGAGGAAGCGCGGCUACGAGGAGUUCAACUCUCUUCAGUCCGACACUAUGAAGACCAGCGGCAAGCGCCGUAGCGGCAGGCUCGCCACGCAGGGCCUGAAAGACCUGCGUGAGUCAGACUCAGAUGCCGGCACACCCUACAAGAACAUCGACGGCUACGAGCCGCCCCAGAAGAAGCGCAAAUCUGCCCGUGCCUCAUCUGUCGAGAGCGAGUUCACCGGCAAUUACACCAGCGACUCCGAGAGCCUACCUGACGCCAAGGAAGAUAUCAGCGACGACUACCUCAAUCCCAAGCCAAAGCGCCCCGUCCGCGCCUCCGCCCAGAAGGGCCGUCGUCUCACACAGAAGGCCAUUCACAAAGAGACCCCAAAGACGCACUUUACCGCCAUGCGCACCGAAGCAACUACACCUUUUGUCGGUGCCGCGCCCAUGUACACCAUGCAUAACGCGUACGCUAUACCCACUACGCAUAACGCGUACGCUAUGCCCACUACGCAUAACGCGUACGCUAUGCCCACCACGCAAAACGCGUUCGCUAUGCCCACUACGCAUAACGCGUACGCUAUGCCCACCACACAUAAUGCGUACUCUAUGCCCACCAUGCAUACCGCGUUCGCUACGCCCACCAUGCAUACUGCGUUCACUGAGCCCGCCACAGCCACCGUCCCCGACUUCCUCAUCGACCCUGUCCUUCUCGCCUACUCGCGCGACUUGGAAUCUCGCGCGCCUGUCUCGGUCAAGGCCCCAGCGGCCGAUCGCGAUCGCCUCAUGGUCGAUGAGUACAACGUUUGGCUCUUCGCCGAGGAAGGCUGCACCAGUCGCGAGCAGAUGUGGGCUUCCGCACUAUCAUCCAAGCGCUUCAAUGGUCCCCGUAAUGUGGCCCCUUUCCGCGAGCUUUACCGCCUUAGCAACCCGGAGCUCGAUGACAUCAGCGAUUGGGCCGAGAACGUCCGCUGGGCCAAGGAGCAAUGGUUGCACUUCGGCAUUGACACUUGGACUGAGUACGAUUUCCAUCUUGAGCAGAUCACCCAGUGGAGGCGUGAGCACAUGUGGUGGAGUGAGGAGGCCAUCCGCUUCGGUGCUCGCUCCCAGUAUUGA